AUGAUGAUGGAUCACAUGAUGAGUUAUACUCCAAAAAGUCCGGAGAAAUCAAGUCCAAGUUUCCCUGAAGAUGUGGAAGAUGAUGAUGAGGAUCCAAUGGAGUUAGAACCAAUGAAAUAUUCUUCUCUUCGAUCACAUGUGAAUAAUAAUAAUAACAAUAGUAGUAACCACAAUAACAACAAUAAUAAUAGUAAUACUAAUCACACUACUACUAAUAACAAUAAUGGUAGUACGCAUCACUUGAAUAAUCAUUGUGGUGGUGACGAUGAUGAUGAUGUUGACGAACAACUUGAUGUAACAAUGUUACCACCAGAAGAUGAAGAUGAUGAUAUAAAUGGGGCAACACGUGGAUUUAUGUUGAAUGUCGAUAGUCCAAGACAUCAUCCAAUGGAUUCAACGGAGAAAAAGGUGCAUUGGUCAAAUCAAAAUGUUCAAACUUUAUUGGAUUGUGUUGAAAAACACUUAGAUGAAUUUAAUAUACAAAAAAAGCAUAAACAAGUAUGGCAAAUUAUUGGUACAGAAAUGGAAUCAUUAGGUUUUACUAUGGAGCAUUGUUAUAAUAAAUGGAAAAAUUUACGUCGUGAUGUACGCCUCUUGGUAAAUAAUCCUCAGAAAGCAGUACGUAAUGCUGAUAUCCUACGACGUGUUGCACGUUUAAUACUAGUAAUCUAUCCAAAUAUUGAUGCAACAACUAUGCAAGUAACCGGUGAUCGAAUCAGUACUAGUAAAUCUACACCGAAUACACCAGGUGGUCCAGGCAGUCUGUCAUCGAAUAAAAUGACACUAUCUUCAUCUUUACACGCUCCAGAUUCACCCUUAUACUUUGGUCUAUCUAGAACACGUACACCACAUUCCUUAACACCGAAUUUUCAUUCCACAAAUGGCAUAAAAUAUAAAACUGAACAAUCAAAUUAUGAUACAUCAACAAGUACUCCAGUACCUUGUACAGCAUUGUUUACCAGUAAUCCACGUAGUUCAGAUACUACGGAUAAAAAAAUGCACAUAUCAUCUACGCCGAAUUCAACAAAUCAUGACAAUAAUCCCACCACAUCAACAACAAAUGAAACAGUCUCACAAAGCGUUAAUUCAGGAUUUCCAUUCUUUUUCAAUCCUGCUGCAGCAGCUCUUUUAGUUCAAUCACAGUUAUUCAAUGAUUUACUCCGUCAACAGCAAACACAACCACAGGAUGAAUCUAUGCAGUUGGAUAGUGUACAACAACGUGAACAAUUUUUCGCGCUAACUGCCUCAUUGAAAAAUGCUUUACAUUCUGCCAAUAAUACUAUUACCACUCCUCCUACUACUACCACUGCCGGUACAACAACCCAGCCGACUAAUGCUAAUAACAAUAAUAGUGUUAAUAAAAGCCUGACUGUUAAUGGAGAUUUCACGGGUGAUAGUAUUACCACAGUUAAUAAUAACAAUAAUAAUAAUAAUACCAAUUCAUUACACGUUGCUAACUUAGCUUCUACCUUACUAAAUGGUUUAAACAAUAUGGAUACAUCUCAGUACUUAAAUUUACUGGCAUCUGAAGCUGGUCUAAAUGGCGGUAGUAUUGCCACUGGUUAUCCUAAUUUUCAUAACAGUCAUCAACCACAACAUCCUCAUGAACAUCAACAACAACAACAGUCGUUCUCUUCUAUUAUUGACCGAUUACCACCUGGCAGUGAAUUAGCCGGUGUUGUUCAACGUCUACGUAAUGAAGAGACAAUUCAUUUACGUUUAACCGAUAUGGUUUCACAUUUAGCUGAUGAAUUAAGAGCAGCUGGUCUACGUAGACGUGCAACACUAGAUCAGUUAUUGGAGAUAAUGCAGGGAGGCGGAGGUGGAGGCAGUGGUAUCGGUUGUAUGUCGACUGGGACAACAAAUAAUUCUAUCAAUCAUACUCAUAAAAAUUCAGAAACUACGCAUCGUGUUUAA